AUGGUAGCCCGGGGCGCGAAGAAGCCGACGGGCGCGCGGGACGCCGCGGCGCAGGAGGCGAUGCGCGCGCGUCACGAGGCGCUGGCGCUGGUGGAGGAGCAUUUCCGCGACUUCGACGUGGUGUGGGCCAAGGUGCACGGCUUCCCGUGGUGGCCGGGCGUGCUCUUCCACUCGUGGGACGUGGUGCGGCGCGCCGGCAUCCGCACAGACCCCAAGAUCGUGGCGUCGCUGGUGGUGCCGCCGCCCGAGAAGGUGCCGGAGCUGGACGCGGCCACGGGCGUGGAGACGGGCCGCGUGCGCGUGCGGCGCCACUGCCUCGUCAUGUUCCUGGACAAGUUCAACUUCUCGCUCGUGGAGAUCGACCCGAGCAACGUCGCGAGCUUCACGGCGCACUACCAGGUCUACGAGCACGCGGUCAUGGGCAGCAAGAAGAGCAAGAAGACGGAGUUCCGCCGCGCGCUCGUCAAGGCCACGCAGCUGCUGCACAUGGGCAACGGGUACGCGGAGGAGGACCUGGUGAUGCUGGAGGAGCCGAGUCCGGCCGAGAAGAAGCAGCGCAUGGAGGAGGUGGGGCUGGGCGAGCAGGAGGACGAGGACGCGUCGCUGGACGACGCGUGGGACGACCGGGAGAUGGCGGACGACGCC